AUGCCAAAUUCUGCCCCAAAACCUGUCCGACCAGUUGUUUGGGAGGAAGGGGCACCACGGGAGGGGCAGCAGGAGGUGCCAGAAGCAGCCUCCCCCAGCCCAGCAGGACGGUGGAGCCUCUGAGGCUGUGGAUGCUGUAGACAGACCCUUGGACAGACAGACGGAGGGACACUUGGCCUGGCCAUGGGGCUCAGCGGGGAACACGUCCUCCUGUCUACACCUCUGCUGCUGCUGUUGACUGGUCUCCGGUGCGGGAUAUGCCUGGAGCAUGUCAGCUACGUGCCCCAGCUGUCAAAUGCCACCCUGGCAGGGAAGCUCACCCAGUCCACCUUCACCUUGGAGCAGCCACUGGGUCAGUUCAGUCAUCUAAGCGUCUCCGACUUUGAUGCCAUCUGGCUGGUAGUGGCUUACAGCAACGCCACCCAGAACUUCACUGCCCCCCAGAGGAUGGAGGAUUCUCCUGCCCCCGCUGACCUAGCCCAGAAGGGUUACUACCUCACACUGAGGGCCAACCGGGCACUCUACCCGGGCAAGCAGGCCGGCAACCAGCUCCAAGUCCUCCGCGUGGGCAACAACACCCACUGCUCACCGACCCAAAAGGGCUGCAACCACCCCCUGCCAGGCCCGGGCCCCUACCGGGUGAAGUUCCUGGUGAUGAGUGAUGACAGGGGGCUUGUGGCUGAGACAGAGUGGUCCAGUGAGACCCGCCUGCAGCAAGCGGAAGUACUCCAGGCUGCGCCGGGGCGGCUGACCACCGGCACCGUGGUCAUCAUCGCCUUCCUGUCUGUCCUGCUGGCCGUGCUCCUCACUGCCCUCCUGGCCCUGCUCAUCUAUACCUGCUUCAACACCUGCGGAAGCACACCCAUUUCCGGCCCAGAGGAGUCCGUGUGCGUGAGACAAUACAACACUCACCACGCGUUCAGCCCUCCAGCCGUGGGGAACCUCUGA